UCUCAGCUUGAUUUGAUCACUGCUUUUUCUCCAAUACACCAUCACUCAAUCACCCACCUUUCAUUUUUUAUUCAGCAAAAAUGACACACUCUAAUAACAUUAAUGUCUGCUUCUUGUUUCUACUAUUUAUUGCAAGUACAUUACAAACUAUCGUUGUUGGCGAACCCAAAGUUCCAUGCUUCUUCAUUUUCGGAGACUCGCUGGUUGACAAUGGCAACAACAUUAACCGCAAUACGACGACUAAAGUCAAUUACUUCCCUUAUGGGAUUGAUUUUCCAGGUGGCCCGACUGGAAGAUUCAAUAAUGGUCGAAAUAUAGCAGAUAUCAUUGCUGAACUAUUGGGCUUCGACAAGUACAUCGCCCCGUUUGCCAAUGCUACAAAUCAGGACAUCCUCCGAGGAGUGAACUAUGGAUCCGGCGGUUCUGGAAUUCUUGAGGAAACAGGACACCUCUUCGGCGACGUGAUCAAUUUCAAGGAGCAAUUAUCGAAUCACGAGGUUGUGAUUUCGCGCGUGGCGAGGUUACUAGGAAGUGAAAGUGUGGCAAAACAACAUUUGAGUAGGUGCAUAUAUUCAGUUGGAAUGGGCAAUAACGAUUACCUGGCCAACUAUUUGCCUCAAUACCACUCCAAAACCACCCCAUAUACUCCACGCCAGUUUGCUUCACUUGUCAUUGCCCAAUACUCAAAGCAGCUCCGAAGGUUGUACGAUGCCGGCGCAAGAAAAGUAGCCGUCUUUGCACUUGGUAAAUUAGGCUGCAUCCCACAGCAGUUGGCGGCCUACGGCGCCUCGGACGGCUCCUCCUGCGUGGAAACCAGUAACAAUGUCGUUAAAAGUUUUAACGAAUAUCUUAAGAUUCUCAUCCACUAUCUUAACAGCAAUCUCGCUGACGCCAAGUUCGUAUACACACAAGACACCUCCGACAGUGAAUCAUACGGUAAUAUCAGUAAUUUGAGUGAGCCGUGUUGUGGUGUAUCGGCAGAGGACGGGCAAUGCGUUGCGGGGAGUGCUCCGUGCAGCAACAGGGAUGCGUAUUUGUUCUGGGAUGCAUUCCACCCGACGGAGGCUGCAUCGUUGCUGUCUGCCAAAAUUGCGUAUGAUCAUAUGUCUCCACUGUUUGCUGAACCUGAAUCUGAUGCUGUUGCUAGUUAUUAGUUGGAUGAUGUGCUAUUUAGUAUUUAUUCCGCUCACUCCUCUUUGUAUCAGUGUGUUAUGGGCCUUGUCCUCUUUAAUCUCAACAAGUG